AUGAAUAGUCGCGACCCCUUUAAUCUACGCCGCUCCCCAGCAUUCAAUAUCCUCCGAGGCACUGCAACGCAAGCGGCUUCAAACGUCACGCAAAGGGUUAAAGAAGCAGGUACGCAAGCUUACGAAUCUGGGAAGCAAACUGUUGAAGAGAUGUCCACUUUUUCGAUACCGAAGAAUGUCCCCUCUUUUACAGACCCUCAGCGCAAUUUGGAAAACAAAGCUUGGGCGGCGUCCGGCAUGACCGCAAGAUCAUCGACAGUGAAUACAAGUGGAGGAGUAAUCAGUGGCAUGCAAGAUCGAGUUGGAAACCUCUUUGGGGAAAACAGAGAUCUGCCAAUGUAUAAGGACAAGCCAUAUUCAUAUGCCUCCUCCAGGAGGGCACGACCUUUUUAUAAACGGCGGCGCGUUAUACUUGGGGUCAUCGCAUCUGUGUUCUGUGUGUUGUAUUUCUUAGGGUUCUUUGGAUCUAGUGACGAAACGAAGGAGAAAUCGAAAGACAAAUGGACAUGGCUGCAGCGACCUGAAAAGGGACAGAACACAAUCGAUUGGUUGGAUCGAAGGGAAAGGGUCAAGGAGGCCUUCACUUUGAGCUGGGAUGCAUAUGAACGAUAUGCAUGGGGUUAUGACGAGUUUCAUCCGGUCUCGAAACACGGGAAACAAAUGGCCCCGAAGGGAAUGGGUUGGAUAAUUGUGGAUGCUUUGGAUACAAUGAUAUUGAUGAAUCUGACAAGCAGAGUGCAACAUGCAAGAGAAUGGAUUGCAACUUCACUGGACUACGACCAAGACCAAGAAGUCAAUACUUUCGAAACGACGAUUCGCAUGCUUGGAGGUCUUCUUUCCGCUCAUUACCUUUCCACUGAGUAUCCACAUUUGGCUUCAUUGGCCGAGGACGACGAGGGAGCUUCAGGGGAGGAUUUAUAUCUGGAAAAGUCAAAGGAUUUAGCUGAUCGAUUGAUUGGGGCCUUUGACUCUCCCUCUGGAAUACCAUUCGCCAGUGUCAAUCUUAAGACCAGCAAAGGUGUGCCCUCUCAUGACGAUGGCGGGGCGUCAUCCACAGCAGAGGCAGCCACGUUGCAACUGGAACUGAAAUAUCUUACUAAACUUACUGGCGAGACCGACUACUGGGAAAAAGCCGAGAAAGUGAUGAAGAUCAUUGAUGACAAUGGCAUGAAGGAUGGACUUUUGCCAAUCUACAUAUAUGCUAAUACUGGAAACUUCCGAGGAAGCAACAUUCGUCUGGGUAGCCGUGGUGAUUCAUAUUACGAGUAUUUGAUCAAGCAAUAUCUGCAAACUUCGAAAGAAGAGCCCAUUUAUGAAGAAUUAUGGGACGAGGCACUCGAGGGAGUUCGGAAGCAUCUCAUCACUUACUCUAGCCCUUCAAAAUUUACCAUUCUUGCUGAGCGACCCGAAGGUUUGGGUGGCUCUCUUUCACCAAAGAUGGAUCAUUUGGUCUGUUUCAUGGGUGGAACGAUUGCCCUCGGCGCUACUGGUGGUAUCACGGAGGCUGAGGCACGUAAGCUACCAAGCUGGAGCGCGAAAAAGGAUGAAGAGAUGAAACUCGCUAGAGAAUUGACACAUACCUGCUGGGGAAUGUAUAAGGUGAUGGCAACCGGGCUCGCCCCCGAAAUCGCACAUUUCAACAUUGAUAGUCCUCCUUUGCCUGAAGAUGCACCACAUCAGGCACCUUCGAAUUUGGUUGAUCCGGAAAACCAAGAGUGGCGAAAAGACUUCAUUAUAAAGAAUAACGAUAACCACAAUCUCCAGAGACCGGAGACUAUUGAGACGUUAUUCUAUAUGUGGCGGAUAACGGGAGAGGAGAUGUACCGAGAAUGGGGCUGGGAAAUGUUCAGAUCUUUCAUGAACCAUACAGCCGUUGGCGAGGGGGGUGGAUUUUCCAGUCUCGCUAAUGCUAAUGUUCUGCCCCCGCAGACUAAGGACAACAUGGAGAGUUUCUGGCUUGCCGAAACUCUUAAAUAUUUUUAUCUUCUAUUUUCGCCAAACGAUCUCCUUCCCCUAGACCAAAUAGUUAUUAACACAGAAGCACACGCCUUCCCACGAUUCAAGAUGGGCCCUUUGUUGUCUACUGGAUGGAAGAGGAGGCCCAGGGGACCAGAUGGAAAGAUUCUACCAGAGCCAGAGAAAGCACCCGAAGUGAAGGAAGUUAAAGAAGUGAACAGUGAUGGGACGUGA